CCUAGGUGAGCGCGGUGUGGCAGAGCCCUGGUGCUCACACAGCGAUCCUGACGCGCCAUGCGCUGCUGCAGGCCGACCAGUGCCAAACUGUUCCUGGGAGGACUGAGCUGGGACACCACAGAAGAAAAGCUUCGCGACCACUUCUCCAAGUAUGGUUCUAUAGUCGAGGCGGUCGUGAUGCGCGACCGUCAGACGGGCAGGCCACGUGGAUUUGGAUUCGUGACGUUCACCGAGCCAGCAGCAGCAGACGCGGUGGUGGAGGAUGUCCAUGUGAUUGACGGGCGGCAGAUUGAUGCCAAGAAGUCGGUGCCGCAGGAGAUGAAGCCCAAGGCGCGCAAGGUGUUUGUGGGCGGCCUCUCGCCAGACACCACAGAAGACCAGUUCCGGGAGUACUUUAGCCAGUUUGGAGAGGUGGUGGAGGCUCAGAUAAUGCAGGACCACAUGAGCGGGCGCUCGCGCGGCUUUGGGUUUGUGACGUUUGCCGAGGAUGCGAGCGCCGAGAGCGUGUUUGCUGCCGGCACGAUGCACGACCUGGGCGGUAAGAAGGUGGAGGUGAAGCCGGCCACGCCAAAGGGCUCCGGCUCCCUCUCCCGGCCGUCUGGCAGCGGCGGCGGCAGCGGCGCGCGGCCCGGCGGCGGCGGCGGCGGCGGCAGGCAGAUGCCGCCGUUUGCAGGCGGCGGCGGCCCCGCGCUGUUUGGCGGCCAGCCAGCGCCCGCUCCCUACGGAGCCAGCGGGUACGGCAUCUACGGCGGCAUGGGGAUGCCGUAUGGCGGCAUGGGCGGCAUGGGCGGCGGCGGCAUGGGCAGCGGCAGCAUGGCCUCGCCUUACAUGAUGAUGGGCCAGAUGGGGGCCUACCCCCCCGGAGCAGCAGCCUUUGGCUUCCCCGCCGGCGGCGGCAUGGCGCCCUUCUCGCCGUCUGCCGGCGCUGGCCAGGCCUCGCCCUUCUCGCAGCAGGGAGGCGGCCAGCAGCAGCAGCAGCACCAGCACCAGCACCACCCGCAGCACCCCUACCCGCCGCGGUGA